GUCAAAUAUUGACGAUCAAAACAAAAUGUCAGCGAUUUAUACUAGCAUCGAUAUUUUAUCAAAUAAAUAUAACAAUGAUUUCAUUGAAAUGAUAAGAUUUGAGAUUUAAAUGAUCAGUUUAGAAUACUAAAGCUAGACAUUAACAAACGAACGAAUAAGUAAGACGAAUUGUAAUAAGUAGUAAGUUCCUCGCAGGAUAUAAUUUUUUUAUUACAAGAUACAUUUUACAAUUAAAGCUGCCCCGAUGCCUGUAGAUUUAAGGAAACGUAAGACAACAUGUAUGACAUGUUGUCUGAAUUCAGAGUUUCCGAAUUCGACUCAUUCGUGGAUAUAUUGAGAUUGACUCCUGGUGAUCCUUUAGAUACAUUUGGCGAGAUGUGGUAUCCAGUGUUUUUGUGGUCUCUGUGCUCUUCAGUGUUUGUGCAUACGUGCGCUGCGCUCGUCGCCUUCGGAACUCUAAGGAAGCAUAAGUACGGAAAGUUCUUCCCUGUGCUACUAAUUGUUAUGGGUGUGGUGGGUCCAAUAACUUCAGGUGUUGCGAGUAGUGCUGCUGUAGCGUUUAUAUAUCGUGCCGCAAACUUAGCCAUGCCUCCCAUACAUGCUAUGAUAUGGGGCAUUGGACAAACUGUCUUGGGUGCUGGUAUGGGUUUCACAAGAAUCUUGGCCACUUUGUAAUGCUAAUCUACAGUUAGAUGAUAAUUAGAUAAUUAUGUCACUGUGUAUCUAUCAUCAAAAUAUAUAGAAUAAAUUAAAUUUCAAUAAAGUGAAAGUCAAUUAUCAUAGACAUUUUAAUGGGAAUAAGGGAAGGUGCAGAAGAUUAUUGAUGCAUUGUUUCCCGGUAGUAUACUUAAUUUUAGGUGCAGUGUAUAUUGUUAUGGCACCCCCAACAGUAAAUACUCAUUAGUGAUGUAAAGUCUGGUGUAAAUAAUUUCUUAUGUAUGUUUAUGUCAGCUAAUGUGAAAUUCAUAUGUAUUGUUACUAUGUAAUUGAAGAUGUAUGAAUAAUAAUGCAUUAUAUAAAUAACAAUAAAUUAAUUCAGUUUAGCACUAUGGUCUAGCAGGAACAAAACGUUCAAGCUAUUGCAUCUGUAAUGAAAUAUAAAUGAUUGAUUACUAAAUUGUAAAUAUGUAAUUAUUUAAAUUUUCUACACGACUGAUUCACAUUUUGUAUUCUAGUUUUAGUACUUAGGUACUCUUCCAUCCUUAAUGUGUAUAUGAACAAGCAUUCCAUGAUAAUUGUAACAAGUAUGUCUAAAUUUCACCGCUUAAUGUUUGCCAUGAAAAUUUCAGUUGUAUGUUGAUGUAGUUUCCCCACCGAGAGAGUAAUUAUUAAUUGUGCAUUAAAUUUGGAAUAGCCAUGCGAUUCUUUAAUAUGGACAAGAUUAUUGAGAUAUCAUUUGAAAUAUAUUAAUAAAAAAUGUCACAUAAUCAUCAAAUGCAUCAUGCACCAUAUAUAAUGAACCGAGGUGCACUGUGAAUGCACAAAAUAAUUUAUAAUGUUUCGGUUUGUACUUAUGCUAUGUACUAAUGUUAUCUACUAUUAUCCACUGACUCUUGCCCAUAUAAUAUGUAUUAAUUAUAAAUUUAAUAUAUGUUUCAAAUCCUGACUACAUAGUAAAAUCAUUUUAGCAAAAAUUUUAAGCUUUGGUUCUGUAAUGUAUUAUCAAAAAAUUUACUUUACAUGUAAUAUACAAACUCAGUAUAAACUAGAGAUUUUAUAACUUUCAAGUUUUACAGUGAUAGUAGGUCCUUUAAAUCAAUAGGUGCAAAGAUUUAAUGUUAAAAGCAAAGCUAGUAUGUCUAUGACAAGGCAAAUAUUGUAUUAUAAAGCAAUUUGGUAAAGGGAAUAUAGUUUCCCUUAUUUAUUUAAAAAUAAAAUCAGAUUUUAUAUGGA